AUGGCGCCGACGUCGCGACAUGGAGGAGGCAGUCCACGUGGCGGCACGGAGAGCGUCGCACAUGCGUUUCGCGAAUGCGUGGACGACCCCGUGCGAGGCGUGCGACGACUGGUGACGAGCCACGCGGCGAUGCAGGUGCAGCGCUGGGCGAUGCUUUCGUACGAAACGGCGAAGAACAAUGUCGGGGCCGUCUGGCGCAAGUACCAAAGCGGGGAGCUCUUUAGCGCGCACACACUCGAGUCCGUGAAAAUGGGUUCAAUCAUGCCACUCCCUCAUCCCCACCAACCUCUCUCAACCCACCGCAAUCUCUCAUCUCGCCCUGUCUUCUUUUCAAUCUCCCUUGACUUACUCGCCAGAGCACACGUGCCUGCGGGCAGGGCACACCUCGUCUGCGUGCUGUGCUGUUGUCUCAUCACGCCCUUCUCUCCCCGCAUUUCCCCCUCCCUCUUUCCCGCUCCCUCUUUCCCCCUCACUCUUCCCUCCUUCCCCCUCUAUUCCUCACCACGGGCGCCCAUGACCUGGGCACACGUGCAGGCGGGCAGAGCACAUCGCUUCUACAUGGUUGUUGUCUCAUCAGGCCCUCUCCUCCCGCAUUUCACCCGCCCCAUCCCUUGCCCCCUCUGUUUCCUUGUCAGAUACACCCAUGACCUACUCGCCAGGGCACACGUGCAGGCGGGUAGGGCGCAUCUCUUCUGCGUGCAUUCCCUCUCACGCCUCCCUCCCCCUCUCGUCGCCCCCCUCCUCUCCUCCAUCACCCUCCUCCUCCUCUUCCUCCUCUGGUCGUCCCUCCACUCCCCCACCACUCAAAUCUCCCACUUCGCCCCUCCCUCCUCCUCCCUCUCCUCUCUCUCCACCCCCUCCUCCUCCGCUCUCACCGCUCUCAACCCAUCGUCAAGCAUCUUCACCGCAUGUCAAGAGCUGCUAGCAGCACACGGCAGGGCAGUGAGUGUGGCAGUGGGAGCGGAUGAGGGAGGGCCGGGGGCAGCUGCGGCUGUAGCCGCCGCUGCUACUGCUACAGCCGCCGCUGCUGCAACUGCCGCUGCUGCUGCGACCGCCAACACGUCUGCCGAACCCCUUUCCAGCCAAUACCCACAGCAGCAACAACCAGCAGCACCGGACCAACCCAAGCCCGUCAUCCCGGGGUCGACCCUCCUCACCGAACACGCCCUGAAAUCAUUCGAGCAGCGCUUUGAGUGCCUCGCUACCCAGGGCAUCUGGGAUUUAGACCCGGUUCCCCGCCAACUCCCAUGGUUCAAACUCCGAAAGGGUUGGUCCGGCUGGGAGUGCGAUGCUGCCUGGUCCCGCCAAGCCUCUGAAACUGGCAAUCUGGCCUUCACCGCUGCCGAUGCUGUAGCUGAUGAGGCUCGGCAUGCGCGGGAGUGGCAGGUUCGGGACGCGGCGAAAUACAGGUGGAGGGUGCACAGGAGGUGCGGGCGGUGGAGUGCGGUGGAGAGGGGUGAGCUGGCAGGGAGGCUGGCGGGGCGGAGGGUGCUGAUGGUGGGGGAUGAAACAAGCGCGAUGCUGUUUCUGUCCCUCCGCAACCACAUGCUCAUGCCAGGAGCCGGAGGAGGAGGGGCGGGGAAAGAAAAGGGAGGAGGGGGAGGGGGGUAUGAGGGGCUGGAGCAUCGGAGAAUGGUGCGGGAUGAGGUGCCAGAUUUCUGUGCAAGACUGGACCUGCGUCAGCAGCAGGACUUUCCUGUUUGCACCCAAUUCACGUUCGGCGACUCCGCAUCUGUCCUCUUCGUUCGGGACGACGUCCUCCGAACCUCGCCGCCCAAUACCGACCCUGCAGCCCAGGAUCCCGCUGCCGGAUCUGCGGACGCAUCAACCCUCUCAUUGCCCUGGUUCGACCAGAUCAAGGCUAACGAGUGGGCCAAGCGGCUGGUGAAGGAAGUUGGGGGUGUGUUCCUGGAUGUUGACCCUAUGACCGCUUUAAGACCUGAUGGGCACAUCCGGCCGCCCUCUGACUGCCUGCAAUAUUGCCUGCCUGGGCCCCCUGAUGAGUGGACCAGAUUGCUGUAUAACAUGCUGCUGGACUUGCUUUGA